UUCACUCUGGGCGGCAAGCGCAUUGAACCCAUCCACUCGGAUGAGGUCUGGUUUUUGGAGCGUCUUCUGCGGAUUCUAGCAAUGAUCUUUUUUGUGAUUACCCUGCCCUUCUCACUGAUGUUCUGUUUCAAGGAGUACGCUUUGGCAACUCAUAUCCUACAGCUUCUCGGACGGGGCUAG